AUGGCGUGCAAGCAGAUUCGCACCGCGGGUCUGUCAGAAGCUGAGAUGGCGGAUCUUCAACGGGAAAUUUACUCCCUGUCGCUUCUGGGCAGCCACGAAAACAUCUUGUCACUCGCACAUGUGUACGCUGAUGAGAAGACCGUGUAUCUUGUAACGGAGCUGUGCAAUGGCGGGGAUCUGUUCGAUCUAGUCGACCGCUCAGGCGACGGCCUGGAUGAGGCGUCUGCAGCGAAGAUCUUCGUUCAGAUCGUCCGCGCCGUGCGAUGGUGCCACGCGCACCGCAUCGUUCACCGCGACAUCAAACCAGAGAACAUCCUUCUCACCAAGUCAAUGACCGUCGCCGCCGGUACAACCGGAUCCUCCUCUGCUUCUAUCGCGGAUAAUCUGUCCGUUCGACUUGCGGAUUUCGGGCUGGCGUUUCAACUGAAGCCAGGGUGCGCGAUGGUUGGGAUCGGUGGGAGCAUGCCCUACGAAGCACCGGAGAUGCUUGCUGAGCAGCCGUAUAACACCAAGGCCGACGUGUGGUCCCUAGGCGUGCUCCUUUACUCCAUGCUUACUUCCACGUGGCCCGCGUUUCCCGGAAACCGGCGUCAGCUAACCCCGAACGACUUCCGGAGCGCGGGGGAAUGGGGGCGGGAUGGGGGAGAGGGAUGGGGGGGAGGAGCGGAGGAAAUAAGAGGGGGUGAGAGGAGGGGGACGGGCGAGGAGUGGGAAGGAGGUGAGGGGGGAGAGGGGGAGGGGGAAGAGGGAAAGGGGGGAAUGGGAAUGGUGCCUUGGGCGCUGGUGCUGGCGGUGGUGAAAGAGGGGGAGGUGCUGGGAGAGAUGGCGGCAGAACAGUGGCUUGGGGAGGAGGGCAAGUGGAGCAUCGUUGCUGGCAUCGAAGCAGCCAAAGCCGCAAUCCGCCUGCUUCUGUUGCACCGUGACAAGUGGCGACUUCUUAUUGGAGGAGGCAGCUCGGAGAAUCCCGGCCCCAGCAAACCCUCCCCUACCCCAUCAACUUCAUCCUCGUUACAAGCCCAGCAGCCGUCCCUCUAUCAGCAGCAGCUGCAUAACACAGCCGGUCCAAUGGGUUACAGCGGUGGUAACAGUGGUAACCGGGGCAUGAAUGGGCAGCAGGCAGCCACGACCAGGGCUUUGGGUGCAUUUCAACGAUGCAUGCACGUCUCAGCAGAGCUCAUUCACAUCUUCCGCCCGUUCCUCUACGUGCUCGCCAUCCGAGCCGCUGCCAGAGCUGCUCGGUCCAGAGCAGGGACAACAACCCUUAAACCUCUGCCAGGGCAGCCGGGUAGGAGAUGGUGGUGGUGGUGGGUGCGAUGGAACCCCUGGCUGCUCUCCCUCUCCCUCGACGCUGUCUCUCUGCUCCUCCAUCGCCUCGCCUCCCGUGCUGCUGCCGCUGCCUCCGCUGCUGCUUCUGCUGCUGCUUCUAAUUGCCCUGCUCCCUUCCCCCCCCUCCAUUGGAAUCUCCAUGUGUGUUCGUUCCAGGCAGUGCCGCUGUGA